GGACCGGACAGCAUCUACUUGAUGAAGAUUACUCCAUUUUCUCCUCCAUUUCUGGUGAUCAUUUUUUUGGGGGUGGGUGGGGUGGGGGGUGUUUGAUGGAAAUCUGUCAAACUACAACCUAUCCUCUUCCAGUCCAUGCUCAGUAAUGCGGCGAUUUGCUCAACCUCACACCACAUCUCCUUUGAGCAAGAAGGUUCAAAAUGAAAGAAUAUUACAGAAUUAAAUUAAAGAUUCACUUGUCAUGCCAACCAAAGAUGGCAGAUAAACAAUGAGCACAUGAUCUAAUACCUUCAGCAGCUUAUGAGCUUGUAGCAACUGUCUGCAAAAUGCUUUAAUUUCAGUGAAGUCUUCAUUCAGUUUUCCUUGGUACAACUGUGUGAUCAAAAAUAAUCGGUUGGCCCCAUUGUGAACAUAUCUCUGGUGUUACCAAUGCUGAUGUUACACACAUUACAUGCAUGUAAUCUCCUAUCAUACAGGGCAGGUCUAUUGGGUCUGGAGAUGUUCCGAAGCAACAGUACCUUUGGCAAUGACACCAACAGCUAUGCCGAAUCCUUCCAGUCCAACGGUGGUUAUUCCACGAUGGAUGAGGUGUCAUCAGAGAUGUCAAGUGUGUCACGGCCUAGUGCCAGGUCGAUUUACAUUCAACGGAAAGAGUAUGCAGAAUCCAUAAACAGGAUGAUGAACAAACCUCAGUACAAAGUGGAGCACCUGUUCACUUGUGACCUGGAUGGAAAUGAGCUGAGAAACGUAGCUGACUGUGUGGAGCGCCUGAAGCUUCUGCAAGGAAUGGGUCGCGUGUGGGGUCAGACUAUGCUGCUAAGGAUGCAGGGCGGAAACCUGGUGCUCACAGACACAGAAACUAAGGAGGAACUGGACUCACUGUCCUUGAGCGAUGUGCUGGAGCUCAAGGCCUUGUUGGACGAAGCCGUGUUUGACUCCCUGCUCACAGUGUCAGUCCGCCAGCAAGGCAGAACACAGAGAACAACUGUGUUCAUGUUUCAGUGUGAGGAUGUCAGGGCUGACUAUGUUCAGAAGGAUCUGUCACGAGCACUUUCACGAAGACGUGAGAAUUCCAACACCAGAAGCAACAUAGGAAACGCAGCUUCAAUUGUGGGCCUUCGUAAUCUACCUUGCGUUCCCUCAUCUGCUGCAUCCACAGAGAAGAAGCCUGCAGAUGUCUCAGGAUAUGAAUGCACAAAUCUUGACUAUGAAGAUGACGAUCUGUAUGAACCUGGUGUCGUCGUAGCUGAAGAGGUGCCCACUCCUCCCAAAAAGCAGGAAAAGCCAAUGCAACCCUCCACCAAUGAAGAAGAGCCUUUUCGACCAUACACAGAGUUGGACAGAAAUGUGGACAUACUGAAUCACAUCGCCAAUGAUGUUGAAGUUUUUGGGGGGCAUGUGGCCGCAGUAGUCGCUAAAAACGGAAAGAAGAAAAAGAAAAAGGGCAAAGCCUUGGAGGGAAUGCCCCCUGCAGAGGAGUUUGCAGCAUGUUUCCAUAAGAUCAAGUAUGGAUUCAACCUUCUGGGAGACCUCAAUGGACAGACAGACAAUCCCAGUGUUCCCGACUUUGUUCACUCCUUCUUCUCUGCAAUAGAAUUUUUGGUGUCUCACUGCUCGGAGGAUCUGCCAUUAACCAUUGUGGCACCCCUGCUGACGCCCCAGUGUAUCCGUCUUUUGAGUGAAGAGGCGAGUACUGAGGAGGACCAGCUGUGGCAGUCGCUGGGAGACCCCUGGAACAUUCCAAGCACCAAAUGGCCAGAGGAUGAUGAGGACAUCCCGUCCUACAGUCUGGACUUGUCUGAUGGUUGGCAGCCUCCUGAAGUCACAACAGCACCUGAAGGCAUGGAACCUCAGAUGUGGCGGGCAAGUCCAAAAUUAGCACCAGUCCAGACCUCACCCAAGCAGGUAUCGCCACCUCUACCACCACAGCGGCCAGCACAGCGGCCACCACAGCGGCCAGCACAGCACCGAGGUGAGUCCAGUCUACCUCGCGUACCCGUUUUUGGCGAGUUCACUGCGAGAAACCAAAGAGAGCUCAGUGUCGCCAAGGGAGAGAUGGUUGAGCUGCUGGACACAUCAAGGCAAUGGUGGAAAGUGAGGAAUGCCAGAGGAGACGAGGGCUUUGUACCCAAUAAUGUCAUGCAGAUCCAAGAGCAGCCUGAAGAGCAAACUGGCAGCUCUGCUGUCCUGACCAGGAGGUCAAAGCCCGCAGAGGUCAAAGCUUGGCUCGAGUACAAAGGAUUUAGUAAAAUAACGGUCCGUUGUUUAGGCGUGCUGAGCGGCUCCUCACUCCUGGGGAUGACCAGACAGGAGCUGAAGACUCUUUGUCCAGAAGAAGGAGGACGAGUCUUCUACCAGUUACAAGCAGUCAAGUCUGCCAUGACUUGAGGUGAGACCUGCAGUGAGAGGACGUCAGAGGAUUCUCCAUGUACAAAAAAAAUUAAUACUGUGAGGCAGCAUGUGGCAUAAACCACAUAUAUUAUCAGUUAAGUCAGUUUAUAGUAUACAUUUACAUUUAUUGUACUGUAUACUGUCAUAUUUACAAGGUAUAUGCUACAUAUGUCACUUUAAAAUCAAUGAUUGAGUUAUAAAUAUUUUUAUUCUGCAAUAACAUCAAAUCAAGUGUCGCAUUA